AUGUUCGCAAAGCUAGCCAAGGCUGCCACGAAGGACAGGGCCGAGGAUCGCGACCUGCGGGACGUGCUGAAACGCACUGCUGCUCGCUUGGAAGAUGGCACGGGUAACCUGAAGCGGGUGGUCGUCGACUCCAUGGAAGCCGCCAAGAAGAAGUUGACGGACGAGGUCGCCCGGAAGAUCGUCGGCGCAUCAUCCAACAUGUCGGCCACCUCCGAACGCGCGAUUACAAUAAGCGGCGUCACCAAUGCUCUCAACACCGUCAUCGCCAUGCUUUCCGGUCAAAGAGGCAGAGAAGAGGGUCGCGACAUGGAGACGGGGAAAAAGGCCGCGGACAAGGAGACGGCGAAGAAGGCCGCGGACAAGGAGACUGGUAAGAGAGUUGCGGACAAUGAGAUAGGGAAGGCUGAGAGCAACCGGGGAGGGAAGCGGCUGAAAGAUCCCGCGGUCCCUAAUGUCACCAAUAUCCUGAAGAGCAAGGGGGGCGCGGUCGAUCUGCGUGCAAGGUUGAUCCCGAGGGGAACCACCAGGGGGAAUGCUGCUGCGAGACCACCGCCUGCCCCCACGGCAGUGGAAGCGGGUAAGGGCAAGGCUAAGGUUGAGGACGCCCCGCCGGCCACCACCACCACCACCACCACCACCACCACCACCACCACCACCGCGCUAGUGCCCGCAGCAGGCAACACCGCCGCGAUCGCGCCUGGGCAGCCUGGACCCAACUCCACCGCCCGUGCAAUCCCCCCUUCUGCAGAUGUCGCUGUCAAGGCGAAGAAUCAAGGCCGCGGUAUUUGUAAGCCCCCUGCAGCCGCGGUGAAAGUGGACCACGACGACGACGACGACUCGGACGCGGACGAUGAGAUUGAGCUGGUGCUGCAAAGGUUCGUCGGGCCAAGCGACACCGGCGGCACGAGCGGCAAGCGAAAGGGCUGUGUGGUGCAGUACCUCACCGCGAUCGCAGUGAUGUGUUACGACAAGAAAGUAGACCCCGGGCUCAAGCUGACUGCGCAGCAGUUAAGGGAGUGGGCCGAGGAACUCUCCGUGGCCAGGGACCUCUCUGCGGCCGGGGGGAUGUGCACCGGCCUUUUCGCCACCAUGCACCUCCGAAACCUUUGCGGCAACGUUGACAGGUACCACCACAUGUUAAAGGCCUGCCGCGACCUCACCCGUCCCACAUCCAGUCUCGGCAACGCGGUCGCUUGGGCAGCUGUGGUGGGGAAGGAGGUGGCAGAUGAAGAGCCUGAUGUCACUGGCGCCCAAGACGGCCUGUUUGCUGGUGCGGUCGCGUGCGCGAUCGCAAUGGCCAGGAAGGAGAUUGCCCGCCAGCACACCACCGAGGUCACGCCAAAGCAGGUCGCAGAGGCCAUCGAGUCCGCAGUCGUGAACCGACUUGGAGGGCGCCUUGGGGAACCCUCUCUGGUCGCCAUGGUCGCGCAUGAGGCAGUCGUCGUGCUGAUGACAUGGUCCGACUGCAAGAUCGCGGCCAAGCUGAUGGAGGCCAACGGGCUCUACCUCGCUCUGCAUGAGAAGGGUUUGUCCGCGAAGAAGAGGUCCGCGUGA